AUGUUCAGUGGUGUGGAAUAUUUGGUAAUCGAUGAACGAGGCUGUUCAACGGAUAUCAAUAUUUUCGGACAUCCUCACUACGAUACAUACCACGAUAUUGCACGAGUCCAUUGGCAUGCUUUCAAAGUACCGGACAGCAGCCAGCUGAGUCUGAAAUGUUUCAUGGAAAUUUGUACUGAUAUAUCGGACAGUGAAACGGGCAUUUCAAACUGUGACAGCAUACCAUCUCCACCAUUUUGUCCGGAUCUGAUAACAUCACCAACAAAUACACUGCUAUUAGAGCGUGAAGAAAACGUGAUACGGAAACGUCGUGGUCACGAUCCACUACAGCAGCAUGUGCAUGCCGAUAUCUGUUUCGGUAACAGUAACGAUCGGUAUUGCAAUUCGGAAAAUUACCGCAGCGAUCAUCAGCGGCAUAUUGAAAUGCUCACCGGUAGUGUUUUCUUAGCAAAAUUUCCAGGAUGCAGUUAA